CUUCUAUUACUCCUCCUUAUUUCGGGGGGUUACAAACUACAUCGAGAUUUGGAAUACAGUAUUGCGUUACAAGUCUUGGUGGAAAAUGGCGACUGCAAUCCAAAACCCCUUAAAAUCGAUGGGUGACCAGUUCUACAAGGACGCCAUCGAGCACUGCCGCAGCUACAACGCCCGCCUGCGCGCGGAGCGCAGCGUGCGGAUGCCCUUCUUGGACUCGCAAACCGGCGUCGCCCAGAACAACUGCUACAUCUGGAUGGAGAAGUACCAACGGCAGCCAGGCAGGACGUCGGGACAGAUGUACGCCUACCCGGCCCGUUGCUGGCGAAAAAAGAGGCGACUCCACCCGCCCCUCGACCCCCAGCUACGCUUGUGUGAGCUUCGGCUAGAGGCCGAGUUGGCUCCCAAGCGCGAGGGCCCAACCGGGGAGGCCACAGCCCUGGAAGCCCUUCUCAGAAACGACAGCCUCCUGGAGAAGAAAAGCAACGUGUGCAAGGAGGAGGAGACUUUGCUGGAAAUACAGAGAGUGCUGGAGGCCGAGGAAAACGGAGACGGCUUUCAAGACGACGAAGACUUCGAAGCGGAUACGCCGAAGAGGAAGAACAGAAACAGAGGCAAAAACAGAGGCUCCAGUCGCAAGAAGACUGAAGCCGUCGGCGUGGACGAGCAAGACAAACCUUACGUUUGCGACAAUAGACACAAACCAAAGCAUAACUCAAAAAAGGCUGAAGAAGUCUGCGGAAAGCGCUACAAGAACCGUCCUGGGCUGAGUUACCACUACACGCACACUCACCUGGCAGAGGAGGAAGGGGGCGAAGAGGAGAAGGAGGCCGAGCCGGUGCCGUCCCCCCCGCGACACUCUGACAACCACAAACCUCAGAAGGGCCCAGACGGCAUCAUCAUUCCCAACGACUACUGCGACUUCUGCCUUGGAGACCAAGACUCCAACCGAAAAACGGGCCAGGCCGAGGAACUCGUCUCCUGCUCCGACUGCGGACGCUCCGGCCACCCGUCGUGUCUGCAGUUCACCGACAACAUGAUGCACGCGGUCCAAACGUACCAGUGGCAGUGCAUCGAGUGCAAGUCCUGCAGCCUCUGCGGCACUUCAGAGAACGACGACCAGCUGCUGUUCUGCGACGACUGCGACCGAGGCUACCACAUGUACUGCCUCAAGCCGCCCAUGACGCAGCCUCCAGAAGGGAGCUGGAGUUGUCAUGUCUGCGUGGACCUGUUGAAAGACAAGGCCUCAUCCUUUGGCGAAGCAUAAUGGCCGCCACCCCCCUCAGCGUACACACACAAUAUCGCCUUCACACGGUCGCAGUGUAUACAUUUUAAAUAGAGGGGGAAAAAAAACAAGUCUUUCAUGGCGUGUUCUGCAAAGGAUUAUCCAAUUUUGACGCCGUCUUCUGUCCACGUUAGGCAAUUUAAUGUCGAGCAUCUGUCAAGUACAGUCAUCUAUCACGAAUAAUGAAAAAUCAUUGAUGCCCCCCCACCUCCCCAAAGUGUUUAGAAUGUUACCUGAAGAAGUAUCCGGUGGGUGUACUGUAAAUACUGUAUGAUUAACAAGGACCCCCUUUAUACACACACAUACACAAACUCCAGUGCAGUUUUGAUUUGUAUUUUUUUUCUCUACCUCUCAUGUAGCCAAGACCACCUUUCACUCAUCCGUCUACCUCACCGUUCUAAGCACAUCUCAUUAAUCUUUUCUAUUUUUUUUUAUUUUAAAUUAUUUCACCUGAACUGUACAAUUCAAGUGGAAAAGAAGUCAAUCUGAUUGGGAUUUUGUGUGUUAAAAAAAAAAAGUACCGCAUGUUGUUUGGGGAAAAUGCUUCUUCUCUUUAAAUCUGUAAUUCAGAUUUCAUUUUCCUUUGUUCAAAACAGGAAAUUGAGUUUUUCCAUGCUAUUUACGUCAUUGCAGACUCAUGUUUUUGACACUGUAUAGGAAAAAAAUGAAUAAUAAAUGUGAAUUUCACACACCACAGAAAAAAAGUGUUAUUAACAACCCUGCCAAAUUUCAAUGAUUAAAAAUAUUGUUUUUCAUGUAAGGCUCAAAAAUAAUGAAAAAUCAACCCAGACGGCAAGAUGACCCUGAUGACAGAAGAAUUAUAGAAAAUAGGGCAGGUUCAACCACUGAAAAACAGAAAAGACUCAAAGGUGGGAGCAAAAUAAGGACAGAUUGGAAGAAAGUCGCCCAUCCGAGCCGUUAAGAUAGAAACUGACGACAGCUAGGCAGCUAACGGACGACGCUAGCUAGCUAGCUGCAAUGAGAAGGUUGGGGUUCCAGUCAGCAGAGAGAGUUUACCGCAACCAAGACAGGUGGAAGCAUGCCUGGAUUCCAUGUUCAGAAAACCAAAAAUGAUGGAUGGCUCAUUGGGCACCAAAACUGAAGUCGCCAUCCGCCAUCUUGAUACUCCCAAAACAACCGUGCUGACCUGUGCAGCGACAGUGAUUAACUGCGUUCAUUGCCAGUUCCGCGGCUGUGAGAAAACAUUCCACAGGUAAGUUAGAAAGCUCAGACGACCAGUUUUAAUUCUACACGACAAACUUUGAGAAAAACCCCAUCGUAAUCCAACCUGGAAUCCGUAUCCUCCACCCGUUGUGGGAGUACCAAAAUGGCGGCCGAGUGCCUUCAACCAAACGACAUACCGCUGAGAUCAGUGGUCACACCUUAGUCUUUUGGAUGUCAUUUCAUUCAUCAUUUUCUCAAGAUCGUGUCGACUCCAGUCCGGUAGGUGUCGGUAAAAUACGUAAAAGACUCGCAGA